UCGGGUGUGUGAAGGGUGCAGCUCGUGGAUCUCCGUCAGUCGGGCAGUGAAGGGUUAAUGUUACAGUACAGAUACAGGACUGUGAGCCGGUGUCUAUAGACUGCUCGUGUCCACUGACUCGCUCCAUUCAUUACUCGCUACAUGCUACUCUACUUUCCCCAUUCCCACAGUGGGCACCAAAGAAGAGCUCUGCACCUGCUCUACACCUUCCAGCAUGGAUGCGCUAAAAUCCGCCGGGAGAGCAAUAAUCAAAAGUCCCGGAGUUCCGCGGCACACAUGGGGAACGUCCAAGCAUGAAAAGCUCCCAGAGAACUGGACGGACACCAAGGAGACACUCUUGGAAGGGAUGGUGUUCACCGUGAAGUAUCUGGGCAUGACUCUGGUUGGCCAGCCUAAAGGAGAGGACAUGGCAGCAGCUGCUAUCAGGAGGAUUGUAGCCACGGCUCGGGCCAGUACAAAGAAGUUUCGGAAAGUGACCCUCACCGUCUCCCCCAAAGGAAUCAUCAUCUCAGACACAGAGACCAAUGACCUCAUCGAGGACGUUUCCAUUUACAGAAUAUCUUACUGCACAACAGACAAAACUCAGGAUAAGGUCUUUGCCUACGUCUCCCAAAGCCAGUUCAACGAAGCUCUGGAGUGCCAUGCCUUCCUGUGCCAAAAAAAGAAAAUAGCUCAGGCUGUGACUCUGACAGUUGCACAAGCUUUUAAAGUAGCUCUGGAUCUGUGGGAGAUCGCACAGGAAGACAAAAGUAAGAAAGCUCGCACAUGCUACUCCUGUUCAGACCCUGAAUCUCAGCCUGAAUCUGAACCAAACAGUGUUUCAGAGGAGGAGAAGACUCAGGCUCUGAUGGAGCACAAACUUAAGAAGCCCUUCUUCCCUUCUUUCCUUUCACCAUCUCCAAGCAGCAAAGCUAGGAGACGACCAAUCAAACAUGACUCCUGGGAUGCGGAAGAUGGCCUCGAUGAUGCAUUUUCAAGCAAUAUGGAGGUGGAGGAGAUGGACGCAGACUGGCAACAUCCCGCAGCAGAACCGUGUCUGAGGAUGCAGCUGUGAGUCCAGCGGAAGAAGAUCUCCUUUCCUUCAGCAGUGAGGACUCAGACUGAACACACACACACAC